UUGCUUCUUCGUCCUCACCACCCCCCCUCCCUCCCUCUCUCUCUCUCUCUCUCUCUCUCUCUCUCUCUCUCUCUAAUCUCUGCAACGGCAGCUUCUUGCGCUCCGGCAGCCGCUGCAUCUCUGCCCAGAAGAGCAGGAAACGGAAAAGUUCAUCGACGGUGUCGGAUAGAUCGCCGGGGAUGUCUUCAGCUCAGGAUCCCUUUUACAUCGUCAAAGAGGAGGUUCAAAGAUCUAUCGAUAAGUUGCAGUCGAAUUUUCACCGAUGGGAGCGUAUUCCUUCCGAUAGUGUAGAGCGAGGGCAGCUCACCAGGGAGCUACUCUCUAAUUGCGAGAGCAUCGAGUGGCAGGUGGAUGAAUUGGAUAAAACAAUUACAGUGGCAGCUAGAGAUCCGACUUUAUAUGGCAUCAAUGAAGUCGAACUUGAGAAACGGAGGAGGUGGACCAGCACUGCCCGGACUCAGGUUGGAGCUGUGAAAAAAGCCAUAGUAGUUGGGAAGGAAUUGAGUAUCUCGAGCGCUACCAGUGCCAGUGGGAUGCGCCGGGAACUACUGAGGCUUCCAGAUUCUCACCAGCCAGACAGAUCCAACCACUACCAUGAUAAUGAUGAUUUCAUAGCAUCAGAAUCGGACAGACAGAUGCUCCUUAUAAAGCAACAGGAUGAGGAGUUGGAUUUACUUAGUGCCAGCGUGGAGAGAAUUGGAGGCAUUGGACUCACUAUACACGAUGAGCUCAGUGCACAGGAUAAGAUUAUUGAUGAUCUGGGCACGGAAAUGGACAGUACGUCAAACCGCCUUGACUUUGUUCAGAAGAAGGUUGCAAUGGUCAUGAAGAAGGCCAGUGCUAAGGGCCAGAUCAUGAUGAUCCUGUUCUUACUCGUUCUGUUCAUUAUCUUGUUUGUCCUCGUCUUCCUCACAUAAUGUCGAAAUACAUGUGACCUGAUAUUCAAUUUUUUUGCCUUUCGGAUAUAGCAGUGUUUUUUCUGCAGUUACCAUAUUGAUCCCUGUAUAAAGUAUUGGCAGAGAAUACAAUCUAUCGACGUGUUCUUGCAAAUUCUGGCAUUAGAUCC